AUGUCGACGAAAGGCCUAACCGGAAAAACAUUGAGCAUAGCCCAAAUUGUUCUCAUUGUUGCUCCGGCCUUUUUUAUUUUUGGUUACAAUCAGGCUGGUGUCGGCCCACUUGCAACGCUCCAAAGCUGGGUCCAUUUGUUUCCCGAACUGGACACCGUCAACACAUCGGGGGCCUUGAAGUCGAGCCAUUCCACGAGCAAAGGUGCUGUCAUUGCGGCAUUCCAGAUCGGUGCCCUUAUUGGCGCACUUUCCUGCACUUUGAUUUCUGAGAGAAUUGGCCGCCGCAAAACUAUCUUUAUCGGAGCUAUUCUGAGCAUCGUUGGCCAACUCCUUCAAGUCUCGGCCUAUACGGUGAUUCAGUUUUCUAUUGGACGCAUCAUACUAGGUAUGGGUGUUGGCCAGUUCAGUGUUGCCGUCCCAGUAUGGCAAUCUGAAUGUUCCUCUGCCAAGAACCGAGGACAACAUGUCAUCAUGGAUGGCAUUUUCAUGUGCCUGGGCUAUUCUCUCUGCAAUUGGAUCGAUUUUGGGUUCACCCAUCUCCCCUCAAGCAAUACUGGCCAAUGGCGAGGACCGCUUGCUGUGUCUUUCUUCCCAUCUCUCGUCAUUAUAUUCUCGGUCUUCUUUCUCCCGGAAUCGCCACGUUGGUUAGUCCGAGUUAACCGCAUUGAAGAAGCAACGAGCAACCUCGCUGCCUUCAAGGGUACAACCCCUGACGAUGAGAUGAUUAUAUCUGAGAUCGCUGGUAUUGAACUGUCUCUUGAAGCCACUGCGAAAUCCAAAAGUGCUAUCCGAGAAAUGUUCUCCAAAGAUGACGACGAACGCCUUCUUUAUCGAUUCGGUCUCUGCAUUGUCUUGCAGUUCUUCCAGCAGAUGUGUGGCGGUAACCUUAUUUCGGUCUAUGCCUCGACUAUCUUCAAGGAGAAUCUAGGAAUGAGCUCAAGUCUCUCUAGUAUUCUCGCGGCAUCUGCCUUGACCUGGAAGUUCCUCUGCUGUUUUAUCGCUUUCUUCGCGGUUGACCGACUCGGUCGACGCGUAUUGUUCAUGAUCAGUGGAGCUGGUAUGGCUAUCUGCAUGGCUGCAAUGGCGAUCACCACCAGCUUUGGAUCCGAAAACAAGCAGGCCUCAAUUGCAUCAGCUGUCUUUAUUUUCAUGUUUAAUUGCUUCUAUCCAAUUGGCUUCCUCGGAGGCAACUUUUUAUACUGCACAGAGGUUGCGCCUGUUCGCCUUCGCGUCGCCAUGGCCUCCAUCUCAACUGCCAACCACUGGCUUUGGAACUUUGUCGUUGUUAUGAUCACCCCUGUCGCCAUUGACACUAUUGGAUAUAAGUACUAUAUCAUGUACGCCAUUUUGUCGGCAUGCAUUCCCAUUCUGGUGUACUUCUUCUACCCAGAGACGAUGAACCGAAACUUGGAGCUGUUGAACCAUGUCUUCCGGGACGCAGAGUCCCCCUGGCAGAUUGUGUCCAUGGCGCGACACCUUCCCCAGGGAGAGGUUACUACGGCAGAGUUUGUCGCAGCCAACAAGGAGAAGGAUGAUGGAUGUUUCGAAGAAAGAAGAGAGAAUGCUUGA